CAGCUAGCCAACCAUCCAGCCACGGAUGUCCAGCACUCGCUUCGCCUCCUGCCAGGCACUUCACCUAAACCUGCAGAGUCACGCAACUGCUGCUGCUUCCCCACCGCCUGCUGAUAACACUCUGAAUUGUGGCCUGUCGUGGAUGCUUGGAGAACUAGAAGCAGGUGUAGGAAUAGCAGCAAAAGCAGUCUGAGGAGUGGGUCUGCCGGCGGGUGGGAGCGAGAUGCUUGCAAGACCAGCCUCCCAGUGACCCAGUGUUGUAGUUUCUCUCGUGUUCGUGUGCCGGAGCGGGUGUGUGUUUGUAUCGGUGUGCGUCUUUGCUUCUGUAUGUGCGGGAUCCUGGUUACCUGGAAUCUUAUUGCCUUGUUCUCUAUACGUCUCGGGAGAGGUGAGUGGCGAAGGUGAGGAAGGAUCGGCAGGCGCGGCUUUGUAAGAACGGUGCAGUACGAGUAAGCAUGUUGGCGGUGGCAGUGAUGAUGAUGACGGUGGUUGGAGCGUGGGCUGGACCGGCCAGGGAACGGCAGCUCAAACCGUGUCCUGAUGGCUUCAGCGCAGUGGUGGUGGGCGGCAAGCAGGAUUGUGUGUGUGCCGAGUACCACGUGUACUGGCCCAGGACUGGCCUCUGCUACCCGGAGUUUACCCGAGGGCCCUGCGGCCCGGGCCAGCAACUGGUGGCCAACGAGACGGGACAUGCUGAGUGCAGGUGUCCCGGAUUCUGGGCUCUGUGGCAGGACGGUGCCUGUUACCAGGAAUACACCCAAGGGCCGUGCGAGGUGGGCCAGCUCUUCAUGGGUCGUGGACAAUCCACUGAGGGCUUCUGCUCCUGCUCACCCCAGCUAGUGAUGCAUUACUAUCGUGAGGAUGGCCACUGUUAUCCUUUGUAUGAGCAAGGACCAUGCCCCAAAGGACACAUGCUGAAGUUCGACUACCGAACGCUGGAGCCCGUGUGUGAGUGCCGUGAUGGCUACAUGCUGGAAGAUGACGGUGCCUGCUACCCACUGAACACUGCCGGGCCUUGCAAUCAGACCUCUUGUCACGACGGCAUCAACUGUUACCUUCGCAAUUUGGAUACACUCAAGACUGAGUGCAAGUGUCUGCCAGGCAAUGUCACAACAGCCGACGGCCACUGUUUUGAGCCGUAUUCCCGAGGACCUUGCCAUCUUGGAGACUGGCUAGUCUUCUCGCAGCCUGGCGUUGCUGUGUGUGAGCCUAAGACGCAUUGCACAAGAUUCGAUAACUGGUUCUAUUGGACACCCGAUCAGCGCUGCUACCGUCAGUAUUCGCGAGGACCGUGCCCUGCUGGCCAGCUCUUCUAUCUCGAUCUCAACACGGGUAUAUCUGGUUGUCACUGCCGCAAAGAGUGGACACCUUACUUCUGGGAAGAGGAUGGUUCGUGCUACGAGCAACACUCUGUAGGCCCCUGCCCUGCGGGGAUGUACUUUAGCUUCAACCAGACUUCCGGCAAGACAGAAUGCAACUGCUUUACUUCUCACGUGUUGCACGAAGAGUCCCAAACUUGUUAUGAGCGCAUGACUAAUGGUCCAUGUCCUGAAGGCCAGCUGGUAGUCGAGGACGCAACCACCAAUCGCUUGACAUGCAGCUGCCACUCAGGGAUGACGGCCCAUUACUGGCACGCUGACGGUCGCUGUUACCAACACUUCCUGCAGGGGCCCUGCCCACAGGGACAAACCUUCAGACUAGAUAGAGCCACCGGCAGGCCUGCUUGCAUAACCUGGGGAUAAGGACGGUGAAGGGAUAUUCAUAUUGUGUACCUUAGUGUGAGUGACGCAGAGGCGCGUUGCCGCCCCUAUUCUGUAGAUUUCCGAGCGACAAGCUGAACCAGUGAUCGAAAAUUUUAAAACUCAAGUAUAAGGCCAACACGAGGGAUCCGUACGUAUUGUGUAGUCGCAUGUACUGAAAAAAUUACAGCUUUGGUCCUUGCAGUCUUACAUUGGUCAACAGCAGGUUAUGUACAUACAUGUAUUGGAAGAUAUUGGAAGGUGGCGGUGACGGUGACGGCUGCGGUAAGGGGUGGCGGGCGUCACCUGCGUGCACCCGUUGCUUACUGACUCCAUUCCAAAAAAAAGACUCGCAAGAAUGUUGUUGUCAGUAUCGUUUUAAGCUAAGAAACAGUGAUGCUUUACAGUGGUAAAUAAUUGCCUAUGACGUGUCAAUUUUCUCUUCGCCAUUUGAUAAUGAUAGAAGAGGGGAGGAGGGAGGCCGCGGCCACCACCCAACCAGCCGGCGGUUCAAGAAGUAUUCACGCCUGAAGGUGUGGUUGGCGUCUCCUCCUAACUCUCCUAACUACGAUGGGUGCAAUAAACGUAUCCGUAUGUGUA